AUGAGCCUCGGGGACCUCCGAACGAGUGGCUUCGUGCGCCACAUGAACGCCGUGGGCCGGCUAGAGAUGGACCUCGAGGACUCGCAAUUCUUCUCCCUGUCGCGCCAAGAACUGAUUCGCUCGGAGUUCCUGUCGCUCUGUGGCGAGAGCAGAUGGGGCGUGGGCCAGGAGGCCCUCCGCAGGUACCGCCGGGAGGCCGACGUUAGGGCCGUCGGGGCAGUCCGCGCACCGAGGGUCAUCCAAGCUGGACACCGGCCGCUCAGGUCUUCUUCUUCUUGCUCUUCGGCCUCUUCCUCGUCCUCCCCGUCCUCCUCUUGUUCCUCCUCCUCGUCUUCUUGCUCCUCCUCCUCGUCCUCUUCCUCGCUGUUCUCGACGGGACUCGGGUGCCGCCGAGAAACGCUGGGGUACGACGCGUGGGUCUGCUUCUGGCUCUGCGAAGAGGCCCUACAGUCGGGCACCUGCUCUCGCCGGGACGUUCGGUACUGCUUCGCGCUGCUGGACGAGGGCAACCUGGGGCGGGUGGGCGUUAGGGAGGUGGAGCCUUUCGUCGAGGACGCGGUAUCCAGCGGUGGGUCCGAGGGUGUUUCGUCGGCUGCAGAAACUGCAUUCGCGCGGUUCCAGGACUCGGUAGGUGUGACGCGGACCAGCGAAUACAUUUCCCUCCAGCGACCACGACGACGAUGA